AUGAUAUAAGAAUUUAUACAUCAAAUAAGAUGUCUCUUGUUUUAAGUUAAAUUCAUCCUUUAUUUGAAGGAGAGUAGUUAUAUUUAAGGGAAUUCAUUGAAAAUUAACAUUUUCUGCAAUUUUUCAUAAUAUUAACCUCAACUUGAAGAUAUAUAUAGAGUGGUAUACAAAUUAGAUCAUCUCUACUCCAUAAAAUUAUUGUUUUUAAACAAAUUAAAGAAAUUAAGGGUUCAUAAUUAAAAUAACAAAUGUGCCCAUUCCUUAAUGCUGUCAGAAUACUAAUCUUAUGGUUCAUAUUAAUGGCUGUGUUUGUAAACAAGAGCCAAGGAAAAAGAAUAGCGCAGAUGUCUUGGACCUGUUUAGAUAAACUUGGAACUAUUUUGUUAAACUUUCACUAAAGAUGUAUUAUAUGAUUUCAUCAAUUAAUUUUUUACAAUGUAAUAAAAAAUCAUCACUCUUUGCAUCAUCAGUUGUUUAAUUACAUCCACAUUAGCCGUUAAAGGCAUAGAUAUAGCUGACGCCUUUAAUAACUUUACCUGUUUCAAAAAUGCAGGUUAUCAAUUUGCCAUCAUUCGUGGAUAUAGAAGUUAUGGAGCUGUCGAUCCAAAUGGUGCCACAAAUAUGAAAAAUGCCUAAGCUGCAGGAUUAAUCACAGAUGCAUAUUUCUUCCCAUGCAAAGGAAGUAAUUUAUGAGAAUUUACAUUUCCUAGAAAUCACAGCCGCUUAAUAGGUCUCUGAUUUUAUUAGUGCAUUCGGAUAAGAAGAAGAGAACUCAACCAAUGGAUUAUAUGGAACUAUCUGGGUAGAUGUUGAAACUAACCCAAGUACUGGUUGUGGAUGGAGCAGCUCUGAUUACACAGGAAAUUGCAAUUUCUUGAAUGAUUUGAUCACAAACUUCAAAAACAAAGGAAAAACCAUAGGUAUUUAUUCUAGCAAAUACUAAUGGGAAACUAUUUUUGGAUCAGCUUCAGCAUGUGCUAAAUUUACGUCAUUACCUCUUUGGUAUGCUCAUUAUGACAAUAGUCCAUCAUUUUCUGAUUACGCUAAAUAUUCAUUUGGUGGAUGGACUACUCCUAACAUAAAAUAAUAUAACGGAGAUCAAACUGUUUGCAAUGCAGAUGUUGAUUUGAAUUUUUAUUGAUUUGCACAAUAUCAUUC